UGCGUCUACAGUUGAGGAGGAGGAGGAGGUGGAGGUGGAGGUUGGACGGCCGUCCCCGCGAGGGCGCCGAGUGGGGCACAGUCCCUACCACGGGGGACGUGUGCUGGCUCCUCGGGUCGGAGCCCGCAGGCAGGGGCAGCCCCGGAGGAGUUGGGGCCCCGGCCCGGGUCACCUGGCACCCAGGCCUGGGUGGAGUUCCUGCUUUCGCACCCUCUCGAUUGCCUCUGCGGGAAGGGCCACCAGAUGCACAGUUCCAUCGCGGCCGCCCUCACACGCACCGAACCUCCGCCCGCGGACGCCCGCCCGCCGAGGAGAAGCUCAGAGUUAUCACACACAAACAGUGUCCGGCUUCCUGUCCUCAUCCCCCCUCCCGCCCCGUUUCCCUUGCCCCUCCCUCUCCCCAGCCAGAUCCGCCCGCCGGCUCCCCCUCCCCCGAUCCCCCGGGUCCCAGGAUGGGGGGGCGGUGAGGCAGGCACAGCCCCCCGCCCCCAUGGCCGCCCGUCGGAGCCAGAGGCGGAGGGGGCGCCGGGGGGAGCCGGGCACCGCCCUACUGGCCCCGCUUGUGCUGGGCCUGGGCCUGGCGCUGGCCUGCCUUGGCCUCCUGCUAGCCGUGGUCAGCCUGGGGAGCCGGGCAUCGCUGUCUGCCCAGCAGGAUCCUUCCCAGGGGGAGCUGGAGGCAGAGGACCAGGAGCCACGGGAACUGAAUCCCCAGACAGAGGAGAGCCAGGAUGUUGUGCCUUUCCAGAAACUAGUCCGGUCUCGCAGAAGUGCACCUAAAGGCCGGAAAAUACGGGCUCGAAGAGCAAUUGCAGCUCACUAUGAAGUUCACCCACGACCGGGACAGGACGGAGCGCAGGCAGGUAUGGAUGGGACAGUGAGUGGCUGGGAAGAAGCCAAAAUCAACAGCUCCAACCCUCUGCGCUAUGAUCGUCAGACUGCGGAAUUUAGAGUCACCAGGGCUGGGCUCUACUACCUGUACUGUCAGGUGCACUUUGAUGAGGGGAAGGCUGUUUACCUGAAGCUGGACUUGCUGGUGGAUGAUGUGCUGGCCCUGCGCUGCCUGGAGGAGUUUUCAGCCACAGCAGCAAGUUCCCUCGGGCCCCAGCUUCGACUCUGUCAGGUGUCUGGGCUGUUGCCCUUGAGGGCAGGGUCCUCCCUUCGGAUCCGAACCCUCCCCUGGGCCCAUCUCAAAGCUGCCCCCUUCCUCACCUACUUUGGACUCUUCCAAAUUCACUGAGGGACCAGCCUCCCAGCAGAUUUUCUAGGCUGCUGCCUCCCCACACAGCUCUCUAAACACCUGAUCCCCUCUACCCCACCCGAACCCAUCCCAGGCUCCAGAUCUGCCCCUCCCUCCACAGGCUGCUAGGGCUUGUUCACAUGUUUUCCAUUCCACAUAAAUAUUCCCAUUCCUCUCUUACACCCCACCCACCUCACUAGCUCCCAAACCCCUGAUCUUUCCAUGCCUCAGUUUAUCCCUUGACUCCCCCUGGCCACACCCCCGAGAACAUUGUGUUUACUGACCCUGUGGGUAACGAUAGGUCCAGAAGACCUGGCUUCAGGCACUGAGAAGGGCUGGACCUUGUGGCUGGAAGCCAAAGAGCCUGGGACUAGCCCAGGACUUUCCAAAUGUGAGGGGUAAGAGCCCAAGACAAAUUCCCUCCUUGAUAAUUCCCUGUGGAUUUUGAAAACAGAUAUUAUUUUUAUUAUUAUUGUGACAAAAUGUUGAUAAGUGGAUAUUAAAGAGAAUAAAUCAUA